AUGGACGACAAGGACCUGUUGGCCUAUUUCCGCAUGCAGUACAGGCAGAACCUCCUGACCUUGCUCAGGAAACUCAGACUGACAGAGGAGGACUCCCUGUCUCCAUUUAUUCGCCUCCAGGAGAAGAAGAAACAAGCCCGACUGAUGCAAAAGGCUCUGGAGGUGAAGGAAGAGGCCUUCAAGGAGAGGAUGAAAGUCAUAACCUGCCGGUGGAGGGACCUCCACGCGAAAGAGGCUCAGCUGAAAACCUACAUGGAGAAAUCUGGGAGGAUUUUAAAGGAAAAUGAUAAGAUGCGAAUCCAAGCUCUGAAGAAAGCCAGCAAAGAGAGAGAGAGGAAGAUGCAAAAGGAGAGUGAGCUUUUGAGAGCUAAGAGGGAACUGGAAACCCUGAGAAAUAAGCACCAGAAACUCUGCAACAAAGUGCAGAAGUACUCCAUCUUCAACAAGUACCUGGAGGAUGUGGUGAAGAUCUCACAGUUUGAGGAGAUCCAGGAAGUCAUUUGGCGCUACAAGACCCUGGUGAGGAUGCACAAGGACCUGCUGCAGGCACAACAAGGACACAAGGAUAUGUCUGAGCAAGCCAAGGUGCUCCUGGACCAGUACAUGGCAGAGAAAGAAGCUGAGAUCCUGCAGUACAAAGAUGAGCUGGUGCAGCUCCAACUACGUUUUGACCAGGCUCAAAGUGACGUCCUCCCCUGGGUGAGGAAAUGUGGGGAGACUCGCUGGGCCGACACCCAGAACACGACUGCUGAGAAAACCCUGAAGCUGGGGACCAUCAAGAUGGCCAUCCUCAACCUCUUCCAGUGCCUGAGCAUGCAGCUGAAAGCAAACCUGAACGUGCCGGUGGAUGACAGCCACAGACAGCUGAAAAUGAUUCAGCAGUUUAUCCAAGACCUCACAGACAUCUCUAUGGAGGUGAAACAGAAGGACAUGCAGAACCACCAGUGA